AUGAUUCUAGACAACAGAUUCUAAGUUGGAAGGAAAAUCGGACGAGGCAUUUCAGGAAAAAUAUACGAAGCAUUUGACUUGAAAAAUUAAGAAAAAUGUGCUGUUAAAAUUGUAUUAUAUAUGCUUUUUAACAUUAGAUAGUUUAUUGAUGAAAAUGAUUUUGAAAUUGAAAACAUUAUCUACUUGAAACUCCAAAGAGAAAAGCAUUCAAAAUAAGGUGAACUCUUUAUCAGCUCAGGGUUAUCAAAUGACUAAUAAUACUAUAUUGUUUUGAAAUUAUUGGGACAGACACUAACAAAUAAAAUCAUGAUAGAGUAAGUAUAAAGCUUACAUGAAGUAGGUUUUUGUCACAGAGAUAUCAAGCCACACAAUAUUCUAUUUAAAAAUACUUAAAUUGAGGAUAUCCAAGACUAUUCUUUAAUCAGGCUUAUUGAUUAUGGCAUAUCUAAGAGUUAUUUAACUAAUGAUGGAUGGCAUAUUUUAAAUGAGAAGCAAUCAAAAUUCUCUGGGAACUUAUUAUUUAGUAGCGUAUUUCAAAUGCGAUUUUAAGGACCCUCACGUAGAGAUGAUCUUAUUUCAAUAUUUUACUUGAUGAUAAUGCUGAAAGAUAAAUAUUUGCCUUGGUAAAGUUAUGUGCCCCCACCAAUAACUAAAGAGAAAUUCAAUCGCAUUGUAACUCUCAAAGAAGACUUUUAUCAGAAAGCAUGCAAAAAUAGCCACGAUUAGGCAGUAAAUAGAAAAUUAGACUUUAAGAAAAAGUAUUGGAUUAGGGCGAACAGUGGCAACUUUAUGCAUGUGCAAUCCGAUAAGCCCAAUGAAAACCUAAAGUAAUAUUCUUUGCCAAUAAAUAGUUUAGAUAAAGAGAUUUUGCUUGUUGAAUCACAUAUAUAACAAUAGAAAUUUAAAAAUAAGUCAACUAAUUCUCCAAAGAAUAACCCUUAUCAAAAUUCAGUUACUCCAUUUACAAACACAAACAUUAUGAAAAGUAAUAAUAAGCAAUUCUGUUAGAAUUAAAAUAUAUCUCAUGAGAAGUAUCAAUAAUCAUUGAAGGAGAGUGAUUUAGAAAAAAUAUGUGCGUAAAAACAGAAUAUCAUAACUUAGUAAUUUGAUUAAAAAGUUAAGACACCUCUUCUAGAAAAAUACAGCAAAUGUAGCUAGUUAAUUUUAGACUAUAAUGAGUAAAAAUAUCAUAACUUUGAUUUGGCGAACAAUCAUAUCAAUAACAAAAGAAUUAAAGUGAACCUUGGAUUAAGAAAAUCAUCCUCAUUAAAAAUAUAUCGCUUUUGUGAUUUAAAAUAGUAGUUGCAAGUAAAAAAUUCAGUUGAAAUUUUUGACUCACUUGAUAUCGCUGAGGAGCACAUAGAUGAUGAUCAAACUUAAACUAAUUUUAACAUGGUACUUGUACCUCAUCCAAACAAUAUUAAGAAAAUAAACAUUAGCUGA